AGUAAAGUCUUUGGACCUUGGAUGUACAUCCGCUCCAGCUUUUACUGUUGAACUGUUUACAGCUGAGACCGGAAGCGCGGAUCCGGUGCCGGUGUUGUCUCAGCUUGACGCUGUCAGAUUAGAAGAUGUCGGCUUCUCUCCGGGCGCUGAAAAGCCGCCUCGGGGCUUCGUGUCCGGCUCGUUUCACGUCGCUGCUCCAGAGGAGUCGGUCUCUGAGGCGUCCGGUCACCGAGCGGUGGAAGUCAGACACGCAAACAGACGCUGGAGAGAGCCUCCGACCACUAGAGGGCGUCAAAGUGUUGGACUUGACCAGAGUUCUGGCUGGUCCCUUCGCCACCAUGAUCCUGGGAGACCUGGGAGCCCAGGUGAUCAAAGUGGAGAGACCAGGUGCAGGUGAUGACACCAGGGCCUGGGCUCCUCCGUUCGUGGGCUCGGAAAGCGCCUAUUUCCUCAGCGUCAACCGGAACAAGAAGAGUGUUGCUGUGGACCUGAAACAUCCCAGAGGAGCGGAGGUCAUCCGGGAGCUUGCAGGUGUGUGUGACGUGCUGGUAGAAAACUUCCUGCCAGGGAAACUCCAUCAUCUGGGUUUAGGAUAUGAGCAGCUGAGCAGACUGAACCCAGGACUCAUCUACUGCUCCAUAUCAGGUUAUGGACAGACCGGUCCUCAGUCUCAGAGUCCAGGCUACGACUCCAUCGCCUGCGCUGUGUCGGGGAUGAUGCACAUCACGGGGCCAGAGGAUGGGGAGCCUGUGCGCCCGGGAGUGGCCAUGACAGACUUGGCGACGGGGCUGUACGCUCACGGAGCCGUCAUGGCCGCCCUGCUGCAGCGACACAAGACGGGGAGAGGAGUCCACAUCGACUGUAACCUCCUGUCCUCGCAGGUUUCCUGUCUGAGCCACGUUGCUGCAAACUACCUGAACGCAGGGAAGGAGGGGAGGAGGUGGGGGACGGCCCACGAGAGCAUCGUACCUUACCAGGCUUUCCAAACCAAAGACGGACACAUUGUUGUGGCUGCGGGCAACGACAAACAGUUUGUCAAUGUGUGUCAGGUUCUGGGCCUGAUGGAGCUCACAGACGACCCAAAAUACAAAACCAAUAAGCUAAGAGUCCAAAACCGUAAACAGUUGCUGCACACACUCACACAGAGGUUUCUGCAGGAGAUGACAGCCGAUUGGCUGAGCAGGUUCCAGGGCUCAGGUGUCCCCGUUGGACCAAUCAACAGCAUCCAGGAAGUGUUCAGCGACACACAGGUGAAACACAACGGCCUCAUACAGGAGAUGGUGCAUCCAACAGCAGGACGCUUAGCUGUUCCUGGUCCAGCAGUUCGUUUCAGCAGCUUCUCUCUGAGCGGGCCGACGCCCCCUCCUCUGAUUGGCCAGCACACCACGCAGGUGCUGCGAGACGUCUUGUCCUACAGUGAUGAUGUCAUCAAAAGUCUGCUGGAGUCAGGGGCGGUGACACAGAAUGAAGUGUGUUAAUUAGCUCAGUUUACUGAAUAUAGAAUAAUAGAAUGAGUCUGGAUGGUGUCUCUGAGGAAACAGAUGCAGAAGAAAGGGUUGACUGAUUAUCAAAGAUGACCAAAGAUGUCGGCUGUUGUUUCUGGCUGUUUUUUUGGUGGGAACAAAUGAGCUUCAUUCAUAAAAGUACUCUGAAUCUUGAAGAGCUACUGGAGAAGGAAAUCCAGCUCAGACAUGUUGCAUUUUAGUAAAAGUAAAAGUUAUACUCAGAUCACCAUUUUCUUUUUUAACUACCUGUAAAACAAACUCAAAAUAAGAUAUUAACUACUUUAAUGGAAUAAAACAUUUUAAUUCUGUGAGCAUUAAUAUCAGAUGUGUGUGUUUUUAACGUCUUCUAGGUUUUGAUGUCCUUGAACGCACCGUGAUUAUCUGACCAACAUACAGGAAGUGAUGUCUAAAUACCAGUGGUUAUUAAUUAGCUAUUGAUUAACUAUGUUCUGGUUUUUAAAUCUGCCUUCCUUCUUUCCUUCUCUAUCUUUCUUUCUUUACAUUACUUCUUUUUUACUUCUCUUCUUCCUUUCUGUCUUUGCCUCCCUCCUCCCUUCUUCUUUCCUUCCCUUCCUUCCUUUUUUCCUACUUUUCUUCCUUGCGUCCUCCUUCUGUCCUUCCUUCCUCCCCUCGGCUCUUCCCUUCUCCUUCCCUCCCUCCUUCCUUCCUUCUUCAAGUCGUUAGCUGUAGUCUUUGUGGCGUGUUCAAGUGCAGCUUUGUGGUCCAGGAGACGUCACAGUCGACCUUCGUUGGUGUUCUCAUAUGUCUGUUUGGUCUGGACCAUAACAGAAGUGGAACCUAACAAUAAUCCAUGAAUCUGACGACGCGAGGCAGCGACUAGAACCAACACCAGGAGCUAAAAGAGGCUGAAAAGUGUCACGGACAUCGUUCUCCACCGGGAACAUCCUGAAGACCACGUGUCUGAACGUGGAGGGAGCGAUUCCCGCCAUGGUCUGCAGAUAAUGUUCUGGGAAACAAGAAGGAAAAUACUGACUGCAGCUUGGCUUGUUUAUGACAUCCAUCACCCUGAUCACAACAUGGAAGUACGUCAGCUCCUAGAAGGUCGAUCCAUCUUUCUGUACGCGAGGAAGUGUCUCCCCUUUUAUAAAAGGACAGUAGGAUUAAAGGAAUCAAAUUAACAUAAUGUUUACAGAAUUGAAGGGAAUGUGACGCAUCUGGACGCCGGGGGAGACACAGGCUGACGUGUUUGUUUGAGGUUUUGGGGAGGAAGGAAGGCGAGGAGAGGCUGAGGUUUGAUUCAUCACAAAACACUGACUUACUGUAUCCUCGCCAUCCAGAAACAGAGAGGAGUGAUACCUCCUCCUGGAAAGCAUCAUGACAAAUAACAGCUUUGAGUGGAAAAACUGACUCUGCUUCAGAAUCAUGAAGGUUCAGAAAGACGUCACUUAGCCCUGAUCCAGGACUAUAAGGACAUGAAGACCAGACCCACCUGAGGAAACCCGAGCAUCAAAACGGUCUGAAACCAUCUUUAAGUUACUGCUUUCUUAUUCGCCUCCUGUUCUUCUCCUAUUGUCUUCUUCUCCUCUUCUUUCUCCUCCUCCUGUUCCUCCCUUUUCUCCUCCUCCUCCACCACCUUCUUCUUCUUCUGUUCCAUUCUCAGCCAAUUUGAUUCCACAGCAGCACAACAACUUUGUCACUAAAGUUGUAAUGGAAUUUCUAAAGAAAAAUAAAGAGAAAACUACAUCCAAAAUGGAUUUACACCAUCUGACAGUGUUAAAUGAAGUAACGGGACUAAUAUGAAGAAACACAGGGGCUGUAUCAAAGUAUUCAUGGAUUGGCAUGGAUUAAAAAAAAGACAAAACAAACCAAGACUAGAAACACAUGCACCAGAAAAGGCAUGUGAGGAGGAUUAAAACCUUGGUCAGGACAGAAAAAAA